AUGUGAAGCGUGCGCUUGUUUAGAUUGCGUCAGGAACACGUGAGUUCAGAAAAAGCAGCAGAAGAGUUGCAGUUUCUGAUACAGUUUGUCAAGACGCAUUGCAGGUUUAUAUCCAGAGUUAUAUGCUUGUCAAACAUGGGAAGAAAAAACAGAAACCGGCAAAGACCUCAGCAGAACAGAGACGGAAGACCUGAAAAGAGAAAUCGAGAUGACGCUGGUUGGGGAGCAGGAUACUCUGAGAUCAUCAAGGAGAACAAACUUUUUGAGCAUUACUACCAAGAGCUAAAGAUCGUGCCUGAAGGAGAGUUUGAGGAGUUCAUGGAGGCCAUGAGAGAGCCACUGCCAGCCACCAUACGCAUCACAGGAUACAAGAGCCAUGCCAAAGAAAUCCUUCAUACUCUUAAGGAGAAAUACUUUAAAGAAGUGCAGGACUUGGAGGUAGAUGGCCAGAAGAUCGAAGCCCCACAGCCCCUAAGUUGGUAUCCAGAUGAAUUGGCAUGGCACACAAAUUUGAGCAGAAAGAUUCUGCGCAAGUCUCCACUAUUGGAGAAGUUCCACCAGUUCUUGGUCAGCGAAACUGAAUCGGGAAAUAUUAGCAGACAAGAAGCUGUCAGUAUGCUACCUCCUCUUCUUCUGAAAAUUGAGCCUCAUCAUAAGAUUCUUGACAUGUGUGCGGCUCCGGGAUCAAAGACGGCUCAACUAAUUGAGAUGCUUCAUUCUGACAUGGACGUGCCUUUUCCUGAGGGUUUCGUAAUUGCCAAUGAUGUGGAUAACAAGCGUUGUUACCUGCUAGUCCACCAGGCAAAGCGAUUGAACAGUCCGUGCAUUAUGGUGGUUAACCACGAUGCCUCCAACAUUCCACGUCUGCAGUUUGAUCGGGAUGGGAAGAAGGAAGUCCUGUUUUACGACAGGAUCCUCUGUGAUGUACCCUGCAGUGGUGAUGGGACAAUGAGGAAAAACAUUGAUGUGUGGAAAAAAUGGACAACCAGCAACAGCCUGCAGCUGCAUGGACUGCAGUUAAGGAUCGCAGUGCGUGGAGUUGAACAGCUGGCGGUGGGUGGCAGGAUGGUGUACUCCACCUGCUCUCUAAACCCAGUGGAGGAUGAAGCCGUCAUCGCCGCCCUGCUGGAGAAGAGUGAAGGUGCUUUGGAGUUGGCAGAUGCCUCUUCAGAUCUUCCAGGCCUCAAAUAUAUGCCGGGAAUUACUUCUUGGAAAGUAAUGACCAAAGACAGUCAGUGGUACUCAGACUGGUCAGAGGUCCCAACAAAUCGACACACUCAGAUCAGACCCACUAUGUUUCCCCCCACCGACUCGGAGAAGUUGGCAAAUAUGAGGCUGGAAAGAUGUAUGAGAAUUUUGCCCCAUCACCAGAACACAGGGGGUUUCUUUGUAGCUGUGCUGGUGAAAAAGGCUCCCAUGCCCUGGAACCGCCGUUACCCAAAGCUUCGUAAUAAGGAUGCAAACUCUUCCAAUGAAGUGGCACCCCCAGAGGAGCUUCAGAUUGAGGAGUCACCUGCUGAGGUCGCCCCUGUUGCUGACUCACCCACUGAUGACCCACUAGAAGCAAUAAGCGAGACUCCUGCAGAGGGCGAGCCACCUGUCCCCGAUACCCCUGAAAAUCCAGAGGCCAAGAAAGAUAAUGUUUGUGGCCCCCCACCACCAAAGAAGAUGAAACUCUUUGGCUUCAAAGAGGAUCCUUUUGUGUUUAUGACAGAGGAUGAUCCCAUUUUCCUUCCUAUCCAGACUUUCUACGAUCUUUCCCCCGAUUUCCCCAAGCUGAACGUGCUGACUCGGAGCCAUGAAGGAAAGAAGAGACACCUGUAUAUGGUGUCCAAAGAGCUGCGCAACGUUCUCCUCAACAACAGCGAGAAAAUGAAGGUAAUAAACACAGGAGUGAAGGUGUGGUCCAGGAAUACGGACGGUGAACAGUUUGGAUGUGCAUUUAGAUUGGCUCAGGAGGGUAUUUACACAGUUUGCCCCUACAUCAGAGCCAGAAUCAUCAAUGUCAGCGUGGAGGACGUGAAGGUUCUCCUCACCCAGGAAAACCCCUUUCUCAGCAAGCUGGGAGAUGAUGCGCACAGUCAGGCCAAGAAGCUUGAAAUGGGCAGCAUUGUUUUAAGAUACCUGCCAGAUCCAAAGGAUCCUGAUGCUCCUCAGUGCCAAAUAGAUUUGUGUGGCUGGAGGGGAAAAACUUCCAUAAGGGCUUUCGUUCCACGUAACGAACGGUUUCAUUACCUUCGCUUGGUCGGCUUGGAGGUCUUCCGUGACAAACAGGGAAAGAGGAACGACGGUUCCACGGAAACUCAGGAAGGGAACGUUGAGGAUUCUGAGGCUCAAAGCCAAGAGGGAGACCUUAUAGAGCAAGAUAACGCAGAGACUAAGGAAAACUCCUCAGAGUCUGACACUAACAGGACUGAACCUGAACCUGCUGAAAGCACUUUAGAUGGGACUGUGUGAGUUAGAUGUUUUAACCUCAGUGGAUACACAUGAUAAAAAGGAAAUCAGGCUCCUGAAAUGCUUUUCCAAACAACAAAGUGUCCUUGGAGUAUCUGGAUGGUUAAGAUUUGACGAACUGUGAGAGAUGGAAUAAAAAUUUUUGAUUUUUAUUUUUUUGUCAUUUUCAGUUUUUUAUAAUUAAAGCAUAUGUUGUUUUUAUUAUUUGUAUUAUCUGUUCAUAGUAAAAAUCUGUGGUAACUCAAAGGAAGCCUAUUUAAAAUGUUCCUCUUAUUUGUUAACAUCUUUCAGCAGUAAGCCAUGUGUACAAUAAGGGCUUUCCACCAAUGCAUUUCAUUUGCUCAGACCCUUGUACACAUUGUAAUGUACUUUGUUCAGCAUUACAUUGUACAUGAACUUGAAAUAAACAGCAUCUUAAUAA